GAGCAGAACGUCCGGUCGACGAAUUUUUUUUUUUUUUAAUUUCUCCUUUCCCUCUGGCGAAGAAUGUCAAUCCUUUGUCCCGCUCUAUAGCUCGUUUCUCUUUCUCCGCGCCCUCAGAUCAUCUAGAAAGGGUUUUUUUCAAUAUACAAUGGAUGCCAACAACUGGAGGCCUAAUGCUCCUAACGGAGAGCCCACCAUGGACACGGCUGAUUGGAGAACCCAGUUACAGCCUGGUUCACGGCAAGAAAUUGUCAACAAGAUAAUGGAGACAUUGAGGCAGCAUCUUCCAUGUUCUAGCGAUGAGGGAUUAAAUGAGCUGAGGAAAAUUGCUAUAAGGUUUGAGGAAAAGAUUUAUACUGCUGCAACUAGCCAGUCAGACUACUUGAGGAGAAUAUCCUUGAAGAUGCUUUCAAUGGAGACAAAGUCUCAGGAGACCUUACCCAAUCCUGGCAGUAGCAGCAAACCUCCUGAUCUAGGUUUUAACAAUGAUGAGAAUUUCUUCAAUAUAUUUGAGGAGUUGGAGGAGAAUGAUGAUGGGGAUGAUGAGUUUGGGGAAGUUAUUUCCUCAACUUAAAAUUAUUGAUCAAGCUUAGUUUAAGUUGCUGCUACAGAGUUUGCCUUCCUGAAUUGGAUGGAUGUGUACGCCACUUACUAGACUCUUUUAUGCCCAUUUUCUUGAUGAGCUUAUUGUUGGACAUCUAUGGCAGUAGUUUUUGUAUUUUUUUUCUAUGAAAUUUGCUGAAUUUAAACUUGUGUGACAGUUGCAAUUUAUGUCCCUUUUUUUUAAUGAAUCUUUUGCUGGAUU